AUGGCGUGCCAGGAAGGUGCGGAAGAUCAGCCCGCCGACGACUUCGAGUUCUGUAUACUCUCGUCCGGCGAGGUCUUCUCCGGCGGCAAGCUCCUCCCGCUCCGCCUCUCCUCGGCGGACGCGGCGUCCGCAGCACUGCUGCUGCUGCGCUCGGACUCGCUGGACGGCGCCGCGACAACGACGGCCACCAGCAGCAGCGGCUUCAGCUCCCGCUCCGUCAGCCGCAGCAGCAGCAGCUGCGUCAGCCGGAGCACGUCGUCCAACAGCGCGUCGUCCUCGGACAACGCCGGCCCCGGCGGCAGCUCGUCGUCCAGCAAGCAGAGCGCGUCCUCCUCCGCCGACGCCGCCGUCCCGCCGCGGCGCUCUCUGUCGGGCAGCGUGUUCUACUACGCGCACCCGAGCCCAUCGCCGCGCCCGCCUCAGCGCGGCCGGAGCCGGACAUCCGCGCCCGCGGCGGCAGCGCGCCGCAGCACCGGGUCCGCGCCGCCGGCGUCGUGGGGCGUCAUACGCCUCGGCGUCGUCGGCGCUCCCGAGGUGUUGUACGUGCCACGCCCGGCCGAGUACAGGAAACCGGCCGCGCCGAGGAGCGGGAGCCGGAGCGCGAGGUUCGAGUCGGCGCCCGCGGACAAGAAGCUUGCGCUGGGGCUGCUGGGGGCCGGCCUGGUGUGCUCGUGCUCCCCUGACGCCGUCGCGCCGGUGGGCUCAGCGGAGGUGGCGGCGGCAGAGGCGAGGCGGAGGAGGAAGAAAGCGGAAGAGAAGAAGAGAGCGGCGUCGGCGACGGCGACGCAGAGUGGAAAGGGCACUGCUUGGAGCAGCAGGAUUCUCGAGUGGCUGGAGGACCUCUCCAUUUCCAAGGAGAAGAGCGCCGCGCCGCGUCGUCGUGUGGAUAGACCGAGAUCGUCGAGCUCCUUAUUACAUUUGUUCUCUUUGUUUUUUCAACAUUUUCUCGUUCUUUCAUGGCUCUUAUUGUACCAGUAUCAUCACUAUCACCUAUGGCAAUAUUUGCCACUUCCAUUUGUUUCCACCAUUCAACAACUCAACUGGUUCAUCAUCAUCAAUCAAGCCAUCCAGUGGAGGUGA